CCAGCGCAAAAUGGCUUCCUGCAAACACGUUUUUGUAAGCAUAUUGUUACAUUGCUUUUUUUUGUUUUGUUUUGUUUUGGUUUUUUUUGUUAUUUCCCUCUCUAUGACAGCGCCAAAGGCCAAGAAACAAGGGCGAAGCGUACACUGCUCCUCCGAGGCUCCGAUCGGUCCAGCAGUGGUUGGUGUGGUUCUCCUCCAGCAGAACUCGGGGAAUGACGAUCACCGGAUCCGAGAACAUCUUCCUUAACAUCUCUAGGGGGCAGCACAUCGUUAAGACAGCGGAAGAAGAGAAGAAGAGACACAGAAAGAGAGAGAGAUGUGAUGAGGGACGUUCUCCCAGGCCAAAACUCAAUCAUUGGACUGGCUGCAAAAUACAAGAGAUGGACCAUGUGCUCAGCGACUACAACAUGGAGGAGGAACCACUGAUUCAGACAACAGAGGACGCAGUCACCCAGUGGACAUGGAGGGCAGAGCUCAUAUACACUGUCAGAUUCAUGGAGAAAUGAGACUUUGGACCCUCUUCAGUCCCAGAGUGCUCCUUUUCCAGUGGCUGCAGCAGGUCGGGCGCGUGGCUCUGUCCUCUCUGUGAAAAUCAUGAAGAUCGAUUUUGCCCCGUGGCAUGUGCCCCUGAACAGGAGACUGCAGACUGCUGUGACGCUCGUGUGGGUGUUCUCCUUCCUGGCUUUAGCACCCCUCUGUAUCUUCCUCUUCUUAUACCUCCUAUUCACCCGGUAUUGGUUGAUCAGUGUGCUGUACGCCAUCUGGUGGUUCACUGACUACGACACUCCAUGGCGUGGGGGCCGCAGGGUGCCUUUCCUUUGUGAUCUCAAACUAUGGGACCACAUGCGUGAUUAUUUCCCCGUCAAGCUGGUGAAAACAGCUGACCUCGACCCCAAACACAACUAUGUGAUGGGCUUUCAUCCUCAUGGAGUCCUGGUGGCUGGAGCCUUCACCAACUUCUGUGUUUACACCACCGGCUUCAGGCAGCUGUUCCCCGGCCUCACCAGUUACAUGCUGAUGCUGCCGCUGUGGUUCAGAGCCCCAUUUUUCAGGGACUACAUCAUGUGCGGAGGACUGAUCCCGUCAGACAAAGAGAGUGCCAGUUACCCGCUCCAAGUGUGCCGCAGUGGGAAGGCUGUUGUAAUCGCUGUUGGAGGUGCACCAGAGGCUCUGGAUGCUCAUCCUGGCACCUUCAAUGUUCUUCUGGCCAAAAAGAAAGGCUUCAUCAAAAUGGCCAUGGAGCAUGGUGCUCAUCUGGUGCCUGUUUUCUCCUUUGGGGAGAAUGAAGUGUUUGAUCAAGUGGACAACCCAAGAGGAACAUGGCUUCGCUGGACUCAGGAAAGGCUGCAAGGCAUUAUGGGUAUUUCCCUGCCUCUUUUCCAUGCCCGUGGUAUUUUCCAAUACUCCUUUGGUCUCAUGCCUUACAGAAAGCCCAUCCACACAGUCGUUGGGCGACCUAUCCCAGUGCAGAAGAAUCCCAGACCAACAUCAGAGGAACUUGAUGCCCUCCAUCAGCAUUAUAUGGAUGAACUCAGCAAUCUCUUCGAGAAGCAUAAAACCGAUUAUGGUGUGGACAAGAACGUACAUCUGAACUUUGUGUAA